AUGGAUGCUAAUGUUGAAGCUGCCUAUUGCUCGUCUUCCAUGAGCUCGAGAAUCCCACCAUGGAAGUAUCAUGUUUUCUUGAGUUUCAGAGGGGAAGACACCCGAAAAGGCUUCACAGCUCAUUUAUAUGCUGCUCUUCAACACAAGAGUAUCAUAACCUUCAUAGAUAAUGAGCUUCGAAGAGGAGAUGUUAUUUCCUUUCAACUCCUUCAAGCAAUCGAGGAUUCUCUCAUCUCCAUUGUUAUUCUUUCUCAGAAUUAUGCUUCUUCAAGUUGGUGUUUGGAUGAACUCCAAAAGGUUCUUGAAUCUAGGGAAUCACUGGGUAGGGAAGUUUUUCCUGUGUUCUAUAAUGUAGACCCAUCUGAUGUUCGACAUCAAAGGGGAGCAUUUGCAUAUGCUUUUCAAAAGCACAAUGAGAGAUUUCGUGAAGAAGGGAAGGUACAAAGAUGGAGAAAUACCUUGAAAGAUGUUGCAAAUUUAGCUGGCUAUCACUCUAACGAUCAGCUUGAAACAAAAUUCAUCGAAGAAAUUGUUGCUGGUGUAUGGACAAAACUACAGCGUAUCCUGCCAUGUCAUAAAAUCAACAAAUUUGUUGGAAUGGAGUCAAAGAUAAAAGAAGUUGAUUCAAUUUUAAAGAUAGGACUUAAUGAUAUUCGCCUAUUAGGAAUUUGGGGGAUGGGCGGUAUAGGAAAAACAUCUCUUGCAAGAUUUAUCUAUGAGACAAACUAUAAUCAGUUUGAUCUUUGUUACUUUUUAGCUAAUGUUAAGGAUGUUUGUGAAAAGGAAGGACUAGUUCCCUUGCAGAGAAAAUUUCUUUCACAUAAUAGGAAGCUGAAGGGCAUAGAAUUCAAUGAUGCAUAUGAUGGAAUGAAGAAAAUGAUAAGUGUUCUAUGCAACCAAAAGGUUUUGAUAGUACUUGAUGAUGUAAGUGACAUGAGCCAACUUGAAUACCUUGCCAUAAAGCAAACUUGGUUGGGUCCAGGAAGUAGAGUAAUAGUCACAACUAGGAAUAUGCAGCUAUUGAAAACACAUGGAGAAUUUGACAUGUAUGAGGCAAAAUUAUUGAAUGAUGAGGAAUCUCUUCAAUUGUUUUGCCAAAAGGCUUUUAAAAGGGACAAACCAAUAGAAGACUAUAUAGAGUUGUCUGGAAGUGUGGUUAAGUUUGCUGCAGGCCUUCCUUUGACUCUUGAAGUAUUGGGAUGCUAUCUUUAUGGAGAAAGUAUACUUGAGUGGAAAGAUGCUUUGGAGAAAAUAAAGGAAGUUCCUCCAAAUGACAUUUUGAAGAAACUCCAAAUAAGUUAUGAUGCAUUAGAUCAUUUGGAGAAAAAGAUAUUUUUAGAUAUUGCAUGCUUUUUCAAAGGAAUGCAAAAAGAUAAAGUGAUACACGUAUUAGACAUUUGUGGUUUUCAUCCAAUAAUUGGAAUACGAAAACUUGUGGAGAAAUGCUUGUUAUUUGAAUAUCAAGACUAUCAUAAUAAAUGGUAUUUGGGUAUGCAUGAUAUGGUACAAGAAAUGGGGAAAAGUAUUGUUUCAGAGGAAUCACCAAGUGAUGCUAGUAGACGUAGUCGGUUAUGGUCAAUAGAGGAUAUUAUUCAUGUACUGACCAAAAAUAAGGGAACUAGCUUGAUUGAGAUUAUACAUCUUGAAUCAUUGUCUAAGCAACUUGAAACAAGAUGGGGUCCUGAAGUAUUCUUAAUGAUGUAUAAUCUUAGAAUACUUAGCAUCAAAUCAUGUGAUGUGUGCCUCCCCUUGGGACUUGAAUGUUUUUCGAGUUCAUUAAAAAUUCUUGACUGGGAGAAAUAUCCAUUAAAAUCCCUCCCACUUGGUGUUCAACCAAAUGAGCUCGUUCAGAUCAAAAUGCAUAAUAGUAAAAUCACAAAACUUUGGAAUGAAACCCAGAUGUCAGGGAAGUUAAAGAUCAUUGAUUUGAGCCAUUCGAAAGAUUUAAUUCAAACUCCUAAUUUUUCAUUGCUACCAAAUUUGGAGCAACUAGCUCUUAAAGGUUGCACUAAACUUGUUGAGGUGCAUCCAUCACUUGGACAUCAUAAGAAAAUUAUUGAAGUGAAUUUAGAAGGUUGUAAAAAUCUAAAAACACUUCCUUGUAGGUUGGAAAUGGUUUCUCUAAGAAAAUUGGUUCUUUCUAGUUGCUACAAAUUUAAAAGGCUUCCUGAGUUUGGAGAAAAUAUGAAAAAUUUGUUAAUUCUGAAGUUGAAGGAUUGCCAAAAUCUUUUAUGUCUUCCAAGCACUAUUGAUAACCUAAAAUCUCUCAAAACUCUUGAUAUAUCUGGUUGCACAAAAUUUUCAUCAUUACCAGAAAAUUUGGAUGAAAUUGGAAGUAUAGAGGAGCUUGAUGUCAGUAAAUCUUCUGUAAAAGAAAUACCUUCAUCCAUUCUUGGCCUAAAAUGCUUGAAGAAACUAAAUGCAAAUGGAUGCAAUGGAAUUGUACUAGACUCUUCACUGAGCUUACUUUCUCCAAUUCUAAGGGUCUUUGGGUUCAAUAGUUAUAAGGCUCCCUUGAGGUUGACAUUGCCUCCUUCUUUCUCUGGCUUAUCCUCAUUGAGGGAAUUGAAGUUAAGAAAUUGUAAUCUAAGUGUCAGAUCAAUUCCAAAUGAUCUUGGUUGCUUACCAUCUUUGGAGUGUCUUGAUCUUAGUGAAAAUGAUUUCAGCAACCUACCUUCUGGAAGUUACGUUCUUCCACCUUCAUUCUCAAGUUUGUCCUCAUUGAGAAGUUUAUGUUUGGCAAAUUGUAAUCUUUAUGAUGGUUCAAUUCCUAAUGAUCUUAGUCCCUUAUCAUCCUUGGAAGUAUUAUAUCUAUCAGGGAACAAUUUUACUAAUCUACCAUCUACUUUCAUCUCUAAGCUCCAGGCUCUACGAGAUCUUUACCUGGUUGAUUGCAAAAGGCUUUUAUCAUUGCCAGAUGUUCCACCCAAUAUUGAAUUUCUUGAUGCAGUUUGUUGUCAUCCAUCAAUGAGAAUCUUAUCAUCUCCAUAUUUGCUAUGUAGAUUUCUUUUAUCAUCUUAUAAUAAUAAAGUACAAGAUUCAAGACCUUGGUUUUUUGCUCCAGGGAGUGAAAUUCCACCUUGGUUUUAUAAUCAAGACUUUGAUUUUCUUGACGAUGAAAAAAGUUGCAUCUCAAUAAAAGUAGACACUUCUCAUUUUUAUGGUUCAAGUGAAAGCUAUAGAAUUUUUGUUUGUGUUGUGAUACAAAAUGUGGCCCCGAAAAGGCCAAUGAACCUAAAAGGUUACUUUUCAAUUCUUUGCAACAGCAUUGGAUUUGGGUUACAUGAUUCGGAAGCCAAAAACCCUCAUUUGUAUUUUUCUGUUGUGCCUCCCUCUUAUGUGAAAAAUGCUUUCAAUAACCAAGUUGAGAUACAAUUUCAAACAACUUGGGAAUCGUCACUUGCUAAUGAUAGAAGUGAAAAGGUAGAGUUAAUAAGAAAGUGCGGAUGGCGUGUAGCAAGUAAGGAAGAAAUUGAAGAGUGCAUGCAACACCAAAUGCCAUAA